AUGGAGCGCUGGGUGACCACCACCGUUGACUUCUUCGCUGUCAUCGUAGGAUGCAGAAAAGAGCAGGUAUGCAACACGGUAGAUUUUGCAGCCACGCCUCUGGGCCCUUCCCAGAACAGCUGCUGUUCCUGUGAUUCAGGGUUCGGAUACGCUGAUUUGGAGAACCGUGUCCCGUGCUCUCCUGAAACGGUGAUGCGAAUCGCCAGCAUCAGUAAGCCCUCAACAGCGGCGGCUGCUGCGCGGCUGUGCGAGGAAGGAAAGCUGGAUCUCGAUGCCCCCGUCCAGAAAUAUGUGCCAGAGUUUCCUCAGAAGCAGUUUGAUGGAAAAGAUGUUACAAUAACUUCUCGUAUGUUACUGUCGCACCUAAGUGGAAUAAGGCACUAUGAGAAGGACCCAAAAAAAGUUAAAGAGGACAAAGAGAAAGCCAAGCAACGUCUAAAGCCUCCAGGUAAAACAGAACUAGGAUGAGAAGAGCUGCUCCGAAACCAAGAGAAACCCGGACCAGAUCAAACCUCUAAAGACAAACAAUCCCCUCCGGCUCAGAGGAAAAAGGAGUUUGAGCACAAAGAGUAUUACUUAAAGGAUGUCGAAAGUGUAAUUCAAGCCUUGGACCUUUUUAAGGAUGACCCGCUCAUUUUCCAGCCGGGCACCACUUUCCUGUACUCCACUCACGCCUUCACACCUGCUGAGUGCUGUUUUGGAGCGGCUGCGGACCAGCACUUCCUGCUCUCAUGAUGAACAUGUUUCAGGAGCUGGGAAUGCGUCAAUACAGCUCCAGAUGAGAAUGACCCCCAUUAUAUAUCACACCGCUCCAGAUUUUACCACCUGAACAAGCGGGGGCGAGUCGUAAACUGCCCAUAUGUGGACAACUCCUACAAAUGGGCCGGAGGCGGCUUCCUCUCCAACGUGGGAGACCUGCUGCUCUUCGGUAACGCUCUGCUCUACAGUUACCAAGUGGCCCUCCUUAAGGACACCGAGGGCCUGCUCCCUGGGUUCCUAAAACCCAAAUCGGUCAUAGAGCUGUGGACGCCGGUCGACAAGACAGAGGCCAGCUGGGAUAAGGACGGACUGUACGGCCAGGGCUGGCUGGUGGUGGAGAAGCUGCAGAAGUACGGUCAAUGCAGGAAGCGCAGGCAUUACGUGUCCCACACAGGAGGAGCUGUGGGGGCCAGCAGCGUUCUCCUGGUGUUGCCCAGUGAGGAGACAGAGCAGCGCCGGGGACAGAGCGUCCUCCUCCCGCAGGGGGUGGUGGUCACCAUUAUCACAAACAUGCAGUCUGUGGGACUGAACAGCACGGCGUUAAAAGUUGCUCAUCAGUUUGACAGAGCCAGAAACUUGCGGGAAUAAUUGGUUUAAAAUUCACCCGAAAGAUGUGGCUGUAAAUUUUAUCGUGUGUAGUUUUUAAUAAAGCUUUUUUUUUUUUAUCCAGCAGAGAAAACUGUUGACCCAUACCUCAUCUCAUUUUUUUCUGAAGCGUGUAGGAAUUUAAAUAUAGUCCACAAGACAAUAAUUCUGUAAAGUUAUAAACAACUUUUAAGUUUCUAUUUAGUAACAAAGUCAGAUCUUUUUUUGUCCUAUUGAAAGGACACUCCAAAGUGCUUCUUUAGAUUUUGGCAAACUUUUGUGCAUCUUUUUUUUUUCUGUCUGAUCCCAUAGUAGUAAAAUCAUAUGAAAGCCCGGGUCAAGAGAAGUCAGUGUAUGAUUGAUAGUUUCUAUUGGCGUUUGAUUUUCUAUUCAGGUAUGCAUACUGCAUUGGCAGCAUGCUUUGAAUUAUUCCCACGCUGAAAAAUGACGCCAGUUGACUCUCCAUCCAGUUCUUGUGUCAUCUGGCAUUCCUCAGCCUUUUUCCUCCUUGCUUCCUUUAUAAAGAAACGUUUCACACCCGCUGAAACCAAUGAAGCAACUCCUGAGUUUCAGUACAAGGGAGGCUUCGGUAGGUGGAAUCACGGAAGAGCCAAACAGCCUCUCAGGUCCUCUGUCACAUCUCUGCAGGAUUAAUUUAUUUUACUUUUUCAGAAUUUGAUACUGGAUACUGGCCAUCCAUGUAGUUUCUUUUAGGCUUUCCUUCUGUCCCCACCCCCUUGUUUAUUAAUUCUCCUUAAGGCUGCUCAAACGUGGGACAGGCAUUUGCCUAAAAAGCAUUUAGAAAUGUGUUAGAUGCAAAAAUGUUUGUCUUGAUGACAGUAUUUUCAAUGACACCACUCAGAUUCAUGCAACUAAUCCUUGUUUCUGUAUCAUGCUUCUAAAUAUCCAUAUAUUAUUUAUGGAUUCAACACUGUUUAACAUCUAAAUUUGUCUUGGUUUUUUUAAUGCUCAGAAGAAUAAUACACCCUUGUUUAGUUGCUGAACAAAGAAAAAGACUAAAAUCUUCAACAAAGCAUUGGAGAAAUGUUUAAGAAAGCUCCAAAGUGCAGUAUAAUUGUCUAUAUUAGUAAACACUAUAUAUUCAUAAAACACAAGGUUUUGUCAAACCACGAUGUGUAUUCAUGAACUGUCAUUUUUGUUUUUUGCUCUUGAUCUGUUUAAAUGAAAAUGAGAAGAUUAAACAAGAAAAACUCAUUUUUAUUUUAAUAAAUGUUAAAGCUGCAUAUAUAUUAAUAAGCACAUUUUCCUAUUUUUACUUUCAUUUUUAGGUUAUACCUAAAAUAGGUGCAAAUGGGUGCAUAAUGUUCAUAGUUUAGACUUGUUAAAGGAUUCUUUGAUCCCUUUGUCUCUCCUCCACCAGAGCUGACACUGUAAGCUUUUAAAGUUUGCAACUGGUCUUUCUUCUUAACAUAGCUGAGACUAUUAAAAUUUAUUUUCUACUCCUCCAAA